CGAGUGGCGACUGGUGAGUGGCGACUGGCGAGUGAGUUGGUGAUUGAGAAGUGUAAUGUGAUGUGAACUCCUCUUUAAUUGUUUCAAAGAAAUAGUUUGUUUUGUGUCACAAAUAUGAAAUCACUUUUAAAAUUUCUAGUCGUCAUGAGAUAAUAUAAUUAACGUAAACAUAACAAAUAACCUAGUUUUAUGUUGAAAAAUAAUGCAAAUAAAAUGAAUUCGGCGCGGUUUUUGUAUGAAAAAUGAAUAAUGCUCUCAGAUUGUUGGUCGCACGCGAUUCGGUUCGUGAAUUGAAAAUAUAUAAUUUUUCAUAGAAUCGUUAUAUGUACGCAGCGGGAAUGACAAUAAUGGCAGUUUCUGUUGGCGAAAUUUGCGAGAAUACUAAGUUGGCUAGAGAAAUGGCAUUAAUGGGGAACUAUGAUUCUGCUCUUGUAUACUACGAAGGAACCGUUCAGAUGAUCCACAGACUUCUCAUAACUAUAGCUGACCCCACACGAAAGUCUAAGUGGCAGUUGGUCCAGAAACAGAUGGCCAGGGAAUACGAACAACUGAAAGCGACGGUAGCAACCUUACAGAUGUUCCAGCAUGAGGGUGAAAAAGCGAUCACGCCAUUAACCAGCACGUUAGAAGACCUGCCCACCCGCGACCAGAUGUGGGCACCGGCGCCUCACGAGAUAGAUCCCGACAUCUGGCCGCCCCCGCCGGACAGAGAUCCCGCCUGGCCAUCGCCCACCAGUGUUGAACACAAAGGCCCACCGACUAUGAAAUCAGCGAGGAACAAUCCAAGGAACGCCAGGACGAAUGAUAAGAAGACGCCGGCUGGACGGGUGGCGACCACAUCACACAGGAAGACCUCGGACGUCAGGAACCCCAAAUUAAACACUAAUAAAACACACAGCGCCAAGACGAAAGAGCAAUCGAACAAGGAUCACAGUACAAAGGACAAGCAGGAUAGGGACAAUAACAACGGAGACACGGACGAAGAGAAACACAAGGAGGACGAGAGGAGGUUCGAGCCGCCGUCAGCUGCCGACGGGGAUCUGGUGGAUAUGCUGGAACGUGAUAUAGUACAAAAGAAUCCCAACAUCCGAUGGGAUGACAUUGCUGACUUGGCCGAGGCCAAGAGGCUGUUGGAGGAGGCUGUGGUCUUACCAAUGUGGAUGCCGGACUUCUUUAAGGGUAUCCGUCGUCCGUGGAAGGGUGUUCUGAUGGUGGGUCCGCCUGGCACGGGGAAGACGAUGCUCGCUAAGGCCGUGGCCACGGAGUGUGGAACGACAUUCUUCAACGUGUCCAGCUCGACGCUCACAUCCAAAUACCGAGGGGAAUCCGAGAAGUUGGUGCGACUACUGUUCGAAAUGGCUCGUUUCUACGCUCCCAGUACUAUCUUCAUAGACGAGAUCGAUUCCCUGUGUUCCCGCCGCGGGUCAGACAGUGAACACGAGGCCUCCAGGCGAGUGAAGUCAGAACUGUUGGUGCAGAUGGAUGGCCUCGGCUCAGCCACGGACGAGCCGGCUAAGGUGGUGAUGGUGCUAGCUGCUACAAACUUCCCUUGGGACAUUGACGAAGCGUUACGGCGAAGGCUUGAAAAACGAAUCUACAUACCGCUGCCAACGCAAGAGGGUCGAGAGGCGUUACUGCAGAUUAACCUUAGAGAGGUCAAAGUUGACCCCGAGGUAGACCUGCGACUUAUAGCAAAAAAACUUGACGGAUACUCUGGAGCUGAUAUAACUAAUGUCUGCAGAGAUGCCUCAAUGAUGUCCAUGCGACGGAAAAUAGCUGGCUUGAAACCGGAGCAGAUAAAACAACUUGCCAAGGAAGAACUAGACCUGCCCGUUACGAGGCAGGAUUUCUUAGAAGCACUGUCGAAAUGCAAUAAAUCAGUGUCCAAAGGUGACAUACAGAAAUACCUCACCUGGAUGGCAGAGUUUGGAUCCUCCUGAUUGAUGUAGAAACAUCACAAGACUAUAGAGUGAAACUGAACUCUGUGUCAGACACAUAAAAUAAAUUUGCGUGGACUAUAAAUAGACUUAAUUGCAGUAUUAGAAAAGUAUUUUGUGUAGCAUAAACGGUUUCUAACACAUUGAUACAUUCCCAUUGGACGAAGUAAUGUAAAUAGAUCUCAAGUGAGCUUUCAGAAUAAGUAUUCUGUAGUAUAUGUGUACAGUUAAGCACAAACUCUAAAUUGUUAUGGGGUGUUUAAUGACUGAACAAAACAAGCUAUGUCCACAAAAAUCUGUCAUCACAGUUUGUCAGUAAAUUUAUAUUGAUGUGAAUACCUUAAUCUCUGUACUUAAAUUAGGUUAUUAUGAGAUUUUUUAUAGUUUAGAAUAAUUUUAUGCCAUAACUAAUUUAUAUGUAUUUUGAUAUAUUUUAUAAUUUUCCAAUACCCAAAAUGUUAUGUUAAUCUAAAAUAUUAAUUAAUACCCUUGAUGGAUUGCAAUCACUCGCUCAAUUAUAUUUUAUUAUGGUUUCGAGGAAAGUUAUUUGCUCAUUUAAGAUUUUAAAAACGAAUUGUUUGAAUGAAAUCCCUAAUUAUUCCUCUUUUUUUAAAGUCAUCAAUUUAAUAUGGUUCUGAAUGUUGGCAAUGACUGUUUUAUUCCAUCAUGAAUGAUUUGUUACUGCCAUAUUAACAAGUAGUAACAACUUACGACAAAUGCUUGUGAAAAAAUUUGUUAUAAAAUUAUGGUAAAUUGGUGAUAUUAAUGUUAUUAAAAUUAAAGCCUUGAAAAAAAAAAUUAAAGAAAAUAUUUUUGCAUCCGUGUUAACAAUACUUUCUAUGUACAACAAAAUAUAAACAAUUUUAAAACA